AUGACCGCUCUACUCGUCUUCAUAGCGUUUGCCGCGUUGGCACAGCCUGGUGACGCAACCUGGUUCGUUCCGUCGCAUCUGCGGGACGCCGUCCAGGACCAAUGGACAGUAGGAUCUCCCUCCAAUGCACAGUGCGUGAAUGGACAGCACUUCUGCCAAGUACCGUGGACAGGUGGCCGGAGACCCACUUUGACUCUCCAGGGCCCGUCCGGUAAAUGUGCCUUCCUUUAUGACUUCCGCGAAGACCUAACGCCAAUGUGCUACGGAGAUCCAUCGACAUUUAUUGCGGAGAACGGAUGCCUCUUUCGACUUGGUUCCUCAGCGCCAUCGCAUAUCCAUCUUGUCUCGGCGCCACCGGUCUUCGCGGCACCUGCCUUUCUUGCAGAUGUAUUUUCCUGGCGCACCCGCCCGCGGAGAGCACCCCCGCCCCGCCCGACAAAUUCUCACUCAUUGCAUCCCCUCAGUCUGCUUCACGGUGAGGAAGGCGGGAAGUCGGAACCCGGUUUCCUCGCGGCAUCCCUCCACUUUGCCUCUGCUGUCCAUCGUCGCUCUCCGCUCUCCCUAGCUCCGUUGCAUCCUUCCGUAUCAGGUGGUGCUUCUUCAUCGGCACUGAGGGUGUAUCGCAACAAGUUCCUCCACAUCAAUCCCGUCCGAAGAGUGAAGCAUCUAAAAAGGAACAGUGGCCGUUCUCAUGUACAUGAACUUGCGCGCGAGCGCUACCUGCUCCACCGCCAAAAAGACGUGAGAGACUACUAUCGAAUGAAGCUUCGGCCGCAUGUCGAUACGUGCCCACAUAGUCAGCGUAACGCGGCUGUCAAGAAGCCUUACCGAGGCGUUAACGAAGCCAGAAAGGAAGAGAACCGACGGUUGAAUGCAGAUGACGACUUGCGCGACGAGACACGAAUUGCUAGUCUCAGGGCCUUUCUCGACUCCCAAGCUGCUCUGGUCCAGGCAGCGAGAGAAGCCGAUAAGGCCAUGGGAACCGAGUUGAAAGAUUUGGAAGGAGAUAGAGAUGGCACACAGAAAAGAGGAACCGAAGCGGCAGCAGAUGCGAACGAGGCAGGGUCACUUCUGCCGGGACUGCAGGAUACAGGAAAAAAGGCGGGAGAAGGGGAGUGUUGGGCCUCCUUCAGUGAAGUGAGAAAUGCGUGCGAGGAACUGCAACGGCUACUACGGAAGCGUCGCAUGCUCCGACCGCUGGGAAGUCACAAGCUCUUCGUGAGCGGAGUAGACGACCGCCUCAUGAACUCCGAUCUAGAAGACUUUUUCGAUUUUUUCUUUAGGAAAACCAGGGUCAAGUUAAACAAGAACCCGGAUGGUACACACCGAGGAAGUGGACUCAUCGUGUUUGAGACGACUCUCGAUGCGACGCAGUGCCUUUUACAGUUCAAUGGCAUCCGCAUUGGUGCGAAGCGUCUUUUCCUCGCCGAGGCACUGGGACCGGCACUGAAACCGAAGGUGAAAAAGGAAUAUGUUCUGCCUGCUUUCCCAUUCGGCCCUUCCGCAGCCCAAGCUGGAGCGGGUUGUGAUAACGUCAGGGCGCGGUGA